GUGGUGGUGGUUCGCAUGCACGACCUCAUGAUGAUGGGAUCAUAACUCUCAUGGGUAGUCGUGCUGGUUCCCAGCAUGGUGUAGCUCUGCUUGGCAGUGGUGCUGGUUCCCAGCAUGGUCGUGUAGCUCUGCUUGGCAGUGGUGGUGGUUCCCAGCAUGGUCGUGUAGCUCUGCUUGGCAGUGGUGGUGGUUCCCAGCAUGGUCGUGUAGCUCUGCUUGGCAGUGGUGGUGGUUCCCAGCAUGGUCGUGUAGCUCUGCUUGGCAGUGGUGGUGGUGGGACGACUACUAGACUUCAGGGACAAGAGGAUGAAGAAGGUCCUCGCCAGCAGGAGAGUAGUGUUGACGCAGGAGCGUUCUCGAACUCCCAACUACAACUCCAACAGAGUCACAAUGCUCAACCAAGAAUGCCUGGAAUCCAGCUGCCUACUUCUCAAGGUGCCUCGUCUUUUCUACCUCCAUUCAGCCAUCUACCUCCGUUGGGUCAAGAACAGCCUCCAAUUUCUCUACCUCGUCCAUUGGGUUUGGGUUUAGCUCAAACUUCUACUCUCGAAGGGGAAGAAAUAACUCCCGAAGGCCAACGACUACAACAAUCGCCCACGACACGACGAACCAUUGAUCAAUUGAUUGUGGUAAGUGCGAGCUCAUCUAAUGCGUCUUCGCCUGUAGGCGGUGGAAAAAGUCCACAAGCAGGAGGCCCAGAGGUUAUACAGUCUGAAGGAGGAGGACAACAUCACCAAAUUUUUGGAGCUUUUGGACAAGAGCAGAUAUCUGCUUUUACUUCACCCUUUCUUGGACCACCGCCUCUGUUUAAGGCUCAAAGAACGGUAAAUGAUUCAUUUGUCUCCUUUCGAUGUCGUUUUGUUUCUUUGCUUCCUUCAUCUCAGGACUGAUUCUCUGAGGAAAUCGAAAUGAUUAUAAAUAUUUAUAACGAAGAACGGAAGAAAAAGAAAUUCAAAUUAGAAUUACUGUAUGAGUCACUGCUUUAGGGAGCGCCAAUCUGUUUUUUGAAGUUCACGGCUCUUCCUCCGAGUCGCCUCGCAGCGGAGGACGAGGGGGGUCUUCCCAUCAUGGAGAUGCUAGUGGUGCCAAUGAUACUUCAAAUGCUGAUGCAGACGGUUCAGGAUCGCCAUCGUUAAGGUUCUUUCCAGUAGUCGUCCAUCGAUCUCUUGUUCUCUAGGGAUGAUCCUUCAAGAAGAACAGGAGAGUAUGCCUCCAAUAUUCUUGAGGGGCUUUGCUCCACAGAGAGAAACUACUGGUUCUGCUUCAUCUUCUGCUGCCAAUACCACGUCAUCUUCGAAACGAGGAGCUUCUUGGGCCCAACUGAUCUUAAGGCUUGUCCCUCAAAUUCAUGUUAAGUAGAAGCAAGCAUCUUACUCAAGAAAAUGGAUGCAUAAUUAACGUGCUGUCUUCUAUAUCCCUUGACUGUGUACCCUAGUACUACUAUUAUACUUUGAAACGGUUCCUCCAAAGAGAGAAAAAGAUGCGCUUCAGCCUCUUCAAGAUCUAUAUAGAGCAAGGGGGUUUUUGACCCUUCCGACGUCUAAUGAUACGCGCAAAGGAAGGGUUUUUGACCUACGCAGAAUGGGCCUGGCAAACAGUUGAUAAUGGGGAAUGGCUCGUUCCUAUCAUGAAAAAGUUGGCUGAAGCGUUCAAUCCUGGUGUAGAUCCUGAGAUAUUGGCGAGGAGAAAGGAUUUUGUUCCAGAGGCAGGAGGAUAUCCAUACCUAUCAGGGACAAGUGGUUCAUAUCCAUACCUAUCAAGCCCAAGUGGUUCUACUUCAAGGUCAAUGGUAACUACUACAACAAGAAUAUUAUGACAGGAAAAUUGAGUGUUAGUGUACUCAUUUUUAUACUCAGACAAGAACUAGUACUAGCUAGUACUUGUUGUGCUUUCCUACUUAAAUCCAUCGAGCUACGUUAUUUUUGAGUAUCUUCUAUGUGGGUACACUUUUUCCCGUCAUAUACGCCAACAGCAUCAAAAAGUGCACCAAAAGCACCCAUCCAGCAGAACAAUCCGUUCAGAGAUCCUAGAGUUCAAGCACAAAUACAACAAGAGCAACGAACUCAACAAGAGCAACAGAGUCAUGAGCUGGAGUCUCCGGCUCCUCCAACUUCAAGUUUAGAAAUUGAAGUGCAGCCUACAAAGAAUGGUACUACUAAGCCUUACUUCUAUUCAUCUUGAGAGGCAUCUUUGCCGUGCUUUCAAGGGGAAAAGUAGGUCAAAGAUGCCCUCCGAGUCAGAUGAAUAUCGAUGGAUAAGGUCUAAUACUACUAGAACUUCUUCUACCUUUGUCCCGAAAACCCUUAAGGAGCUUCCACCGAACUACCUCUACAAUCCUGCGAGUGGAGCGAGACCUACGCUGCUGGUGGAUCCUGUGAAAUAUCCUGAAUACCGAGAGUACAAACCUUGGUUCUAUUUAUGGCCGCUACUAGUUUCGCAUGCAAGUUUCGCAUAUUGCAUUUUGAGUAGGAAUUUUUAGACUGCUAGCAUUUUGAGUGGUAAUUCGAAGAUCUAACUCCAGCAGCGGAACGCCUGUUCACAGCUUGGGAAUACACCUGUCCAACCGAGUACGCGUCUGACCAAUUGGCCAAAAAAGGCGUCCAAGUCUUCGAAUACGGUUACCUCGAUGACAUUAUGAGUGCAGGGAAUUCAUAUUCAUCAUCUUCAAAUUAUGAGUCAUCUGAUGGAGAGAAAAAGACGAGAAGAGAAAGGCACGCAGAUGUCCAGAUGAACUUCUUCUUCAAGAUGGUUAGGUUAGGUUAUGGAUCCUGAAAUAGAAAACACACAUAUGGAUCCUUGUUACCUACCCCUCUUCUAAUAACAACGACGACGAAGACUACGCUCCCCUAGUACCUCACGGCUGGGAGAGCGGUCCUUUGUUCGAAGACGCCUCGAAAUUCGACGUCCGAAAACGGCAACUGUCCUAUAGGAUGUUGAAAUAUUGGGCAAACUUUGCCAAAACAGGAGAUCCAAACUAUGGAGACGGUGGCGAUCCGAACUAUGGAGAUGGUGGUGAUUCGAAACGUGAAGAUAAAGUUGGUCCUCCAGCAGAAGACGAUGCUCCACCUCAGUCAGGUAAAACUGCGAUGGAUCUAGAUGAAGAACCGCAAGAAGCGGAGACAAGGGCAGCAACUACAACUACGUCUUUGUACCCGAUUGCUACGGCAGCAGACUUGGAGGACGAAAGUGAAAGAAUCAAGGCGUUGGAAAUCACGUAUUCAACAUCCCGGGAUCAACAAGAGGGUUCAUCUAGUUUUGGUUUUGGUUUCUUGCUGGAACGCAAUCGUUGGCGCAAGAAACUCGAAAGAGAAGUGUGCAGUUUAGAAGAUAACAUUUUCAUCGGACGAAUGCCAACAGAAGAAGAGCGCACGCAGCAGCAUAGCGCUCUUCUUCGAAGCGAACAAAGCCAACAAGAACAUGAUCAGUCUCAACGUGACCGACUACGUCGUCUGACUGUGAUGCGGUUGUUCCUGAAACGAGAAGAUUCAGUGAUGAAAAGAGGCGAAUCGUGUCCAACUACUACCUCUGGUGGAACAAGUGGUCUAGAAGCAGCCGUUUUCUCUGCUGGGGCGUCUUCAGGUUCCGGAACACGCUCACCAGGAGUUCUUGUAGAUAUGGUGGUCUCAACAGGUGGAGGGGGAGCAAGAACAGGAGAACUACAACUACCUUGUCCAGGAAGUUCAAGUACAACGAGCUCAACGCGCCAAGGAACAUCUGAGGCGGAGCCAACGCCUAGAACUUCCUCGAGGUCUAGUACUUUCAUUGCGACAGUCUCACCUGUGCCGUCCGUACGUGGCCUAAGCCGGUCACCUAGCCCAUCCUCGGUUAUGUGUACCGUCAACCCAUCUCCUGCAGCACCUUUUAGGCAGUUUCUGCUUUCUACUACUUGAUUGGAAAAUAGUAUUGACGAGUACUAAAUAAAGUAGAUACUCAUACUUUAAAAUAAGAGUAUGGGCUGUCAGUGCCUCUAACUCAGCGUUCGUUUCCAGUACCACCAGUGUAAAGAGGCGCUCUCCAGACACCGAUCGAGAAUGGGGAAAUCUGUUCAGCAAUGAUGGCGGUUUUCAGGGUCACGGAGAUACGGACAUUGUUAUGGUGGAACUCGAAAAGGAUUCUUCAGAACCAAGCGGAAGCGCGGGUGCCAUUGGUAAUUGUGGUCUAGAGUGGUCUCGCAGCAGUGCAGGAUCAGUCACCUCGCCAACUCUCGAGGCCGCUAGAGCUCUUUUGCCCCAUCCUGAAGAUUUCAGUAGAGGAAUUAAGGGUGUGUUAUCAAAGGUGUAGUUCUGCCUUUUUUGUUUGUUUUGCCUCUCCUCCUACAAAAAGGCUACUUUAAGUAGUCGAAGAUGGACUCUCCUCAGGCUAAGGGGGAACAAAGGCAGAACAAACGGGAAACAGAAGCACCAAGACCCUACCUCUAACGGAAGCGCUGCUUCUGGGGUAGGCUUUUUUCUAGCCUCUUCAACAGAGGAGUGUAGUCGUGGCUCAUCUACUGCGCGUGACUGCGCUGGUUUAGGUGAUUUACGACUAGACGAAGGAGAUGUGGAGGAGAGUCAUACUGGUAGACACGGUCAAGGAAGAGGAAGGACCUCUUUUCCCACCAGUAAAGAUGCGUUUUUUGAACAAGUGAGAACGAUGAAAGACAACGAACUUUCUCGUCUCGAUGGCCAAAGUGGAUCAGCGAGUAGCACUACACUGGGCGAUCGUCAAGUAUCAUCUUCUACUUCCGCCGGUAUUUUGAGAAGUCCCACGUCGAUUGACUUGAUGUUCAAUCCCGGUACUGGCGCCCCGCGGAAGCGGUUGAAAGCCAAAACUCUCUCCCCGCGGAGUCUGGCUAAUCAAACAGGACGAGGCGCAAUAAAUCAAACGAGUUAUUGUACUCAAGCAGAGCUCGACUCCGGAGAAGUGAUAAAUGUAGAGGAUGAAGAAACAUCAAAAACGGCAAAUGCUACGACAAUCUUCACAGGGAUCGAUUCAAGAGAACAAGACUACUUUGCCCAACACUUGACGAAAGAACGAGAGCAAACGCAACUUCUGCAAGGAAGACAACACCACGUAAGACAACAGCAAGAUCUUCCCUAUUGGCCAGCUAUCAAGACGACUGCUCCUACGUCGCUAGGACUAGCCCGUUCGCCUUUCUUUGGAACGAACAGCAGGCUCGACAACAAAGAACGCUGUGCGAUUUUCAACGAGCGAUGGCAAGACUUCUAUACUUAAGGGUUGCCACAUUGCAUCCGCCACUACCUUCUUUGAUCUCUUUUCCUGCUUGACUCCAAGAGCAGGAAAGAGGUCGAGGAUGGUCUGAAGAGUGCAAUAGUGCGACCUCCUCCAAUAUACCUGCAUUCCGACACAGGGAAAAAAGUGGCCACAGCCGUUGGGGGUGGUGUAGUUGAACCUCUGUCCUGACGUUGAUCUUCAUAUAGUACGAGCAAGUGAGUCUUGCAUGUUACUUAGGUAAGCAACAAAAUAGCAUUGUUUUUAACGUCUUUUUUUUAUCUUUCAAAAAAAAAAACGGAAGUAGAAUUGCGUGUCUGAAAACUCGUACUAGAGAUUAAGGCGAUCAAUCAUUAAGAUGAUCAAUCUUUGUUUUGUUAUUUUUGUUAGUCGUGUACGUGUUUCUUUGAACUUGAAGGUCUACUAGAGUUCUUAGUCGUGGAGGUACGUGAUGAGGACCAUGAUCGGCAGGUCUUCUUUUACCUUUUUUUGUAGUGUUGAAUUUGAUAUGGAUAGUUCUUUUGGUAGUUUAUUUUCUUCUUCGAGUCGUACUGGUCAUACCAGGUACGGGAUACAAGGACAAGCAUAAACAAAGUAGAUCAGACCAUGCCACUACUAAGGUUGGCGAAUAUGGAAUUUUGUCUUAGCUCUACUAGUAAGUGUUUAUAAGGAUAGAAAAAUAAAGAGGGAAUAGAUCAUGUAAAUUCAUUUUUACUAAUACUAGCUUGGGAAAAAAUUACAGAGAGCCAAUGACAUGUCGUAGUGCCGAAAAACUAGCAGCUGCCGUCGUGGUUGUUGAACACAAGUUUGACCUUCGUCUUGUCGUGAUCAUGUCGUGAUCUCCGUGAUUGACCGUUUCUGAUCAAUUUGAAGAUAACUCGACCUCAAAAUAA